AAAAUACUUCUUUUGUACAUAAAAUAAUAAUUUCUCAGCAGAAUAUAAUUAUAUGUAUUUAUGUUGCAAAUGUGAUUUUUCAUGUGGGGAAUUUUACAAGUCAGAGCCUGAAAAGAAACAUGUACCAUCAACCCACAAGUGAAAUCAAAUCAGCUUAAAUCAAACUGAUUGCUGUGGCUAUGAGAGGUUUUUUAUUCUAAUUGGACUUUUUUCUUUCAGCAAGUCUUCAGCUCAAGUGUGUUAAACGAAAAAUCACAGCACACGUUGGAGGUGAAUUCACGCAUAUCUGCAAGUAUGAUACAAAGCACCUGUUCAGUAAAAAGUACUGGUGUCGAGGGGAGUCCAGAAACACCUGUGAGAUUUUGGUGGAUUCAGACGGUGGCACCAGAACUGCAUAUGCACACAGGGCUGAGAUAAAAAAUGAAAGAUAUUGGCUGUUUGUGAAAGUCAGAGAUCUCCAUUUUGAAGACAGUGGAGUGUACUGGGUCGGGAUUGACAAAAUGUAUGCCGACAUCAUGGCCUCAGUUAAUGUGGUCAUCACUGAAGUUCCAGUAUCUAAACCCAAACUUAGACCUUUGAGCUCCCAGGUGGACAGGCCAACAUGCUGGGGGCAACCAGUGACAGUGCGCUGUGGUUGUGAACAGGGCACUGGCGUUCGGUACACUUGGUACAAAAGCACUCAGCUCGAGGACACCCUGCUCCACGACUCAGCAGACAUACACCUGCAGUGUGGCACACUGGAUAAGGACAGCGAUUACUACUGUACUGCCCAUAAUGACAUAAGCAGUGACCGGAGUGAUAUCCUCUCUGUGCAGGUUCUAAUGCCUGCAGAGAGCAGCUGUAUCUAUGUCAUCAAUAUGGAGGGCCAACCCAUUUAUGACUGUGUGGACAGAAUGAGCACCACCUUGGCCUCCACCUCUCCACCUCUGACUACCUGCCAAGCUACACUGAAAAUCCACUCUGACACAAUAAACCAGUCUUCACAAAUAAAUCAGACUGAUCAACAUCUGUUUCUCAGCAGAUCAUGGACAGGGUUACCGUUAUGGUAUACAUUGCUGCGUUGGGUUUGUUUUGCAUCCUUACUGAUAUUUCUAUGCAUUAUAAUCAAAUGUACAAAAGCACGACCUAAACGUGUGAAGAGGAGGGGAAGGGUUCGUUCUAAGCACCAUCCACAUUUGGUUCGGUGACCUGAUUUUUAUUGUUUAUUGUUUUAUUGUUUUAUAGUUGGUACCAAGGUGAAUUUAAACUGCUCUUAUAAAGUGAAGCAACAGCAGAACUCUUACAAUGGCCACUGGUGAUGAUGAAUAAUGUUACAUGAUGUUCUGAGAGCAUUUCCUGAUUUGUUAAAAUAGUAGUUUCCUUUAGAUCAUGUUUAUUUUAGGGUUUAUUUACAUUCCAUUGGGUGGGUGGGUGUGUUUCAGUGCAUGUAGUCAAAGCUAGAGAUCAUGACCACAAAGGAACACAGCUCUCUCUUCCUAAUAAUGUUUAAACCAAAGAAUGAGUUCACACAAGACCACUGACUUCUGUGUAUGUAUGUUGGCUUUUUUGUGUUUUGAGAUACAGGUCAAUGAAUGUGUGUAAAAUGUAAAUAAUGCUUGCUUGUUGUUGACUUAAUGAGUGUAAACCAACAGGUACAACUUUUAUGAUGAGUAAUGCAGGACUAUAAGCUAUAGAACAAAGAUAAUUUCCUCUGUAUAUAAAAGAAUUCAAAUGCCUCGCCCAGACAUUUGGAAACUAAUCUUUUGCCCAAACAUUGACUCAGCAGUAAGCUAUUUUAUAACUUGGAAAUAUACUGUUUGUAUUGGUAUGAUAAAUAGUGUGGAUGGAGGAAUAUGUUCAGUGCUGGACACAGAAUACAAUAUUUAUAAAAGCCUUCCCAUUCGAAGCUGGAAAACAGAGAUAUUAUCUGAAAUUUCAUCUAUUUCUGAUUCAGCACAUUGUAUUAUAUCGAAAAUAUAGAAAAUAUCUGUCACGCUCAAACUCCUUAAACUAUUUAGCCUUGUCUGAAAUGUAUAUUCUAGGAGCCAUAUAUUCUUUUCUGGUUUUAUCUCUCCUGAACACUAGGGGGUGGUAUGGUAUGGAUAUUUAGUUCAGGUCAUUAAUGACAGGUGUGUCUAAAUUUGGGAGUUUUUGAUUGUGUAUUAGUCUUUUUUUUUGGAAAGCUUAUUGAGACUUGCAAAGUUUGCAAUAAAUGCAUUUUCAGUUAAAGAUUUCGGCAUCAGUUUCUCUGGGUCACACGUCUAAAACAAUCAACAAAAUUAGCAAUCAGUAGUGGCUGAAAAUGGGACUUAGCCACUACAUUUAGGUCAAAAACUGCUUCAUUUUGAACCAUUUGCAUACAUCAUGUAAUUCAUUGGGAAUCAACGAGGGUUCGUCGUUGGAUAAUCGCAUUUGGGGUAUGUUGGGGAUCCUCUGGAGAGGCAAACGAGGCCAGAAAUAGUUCAAAUCUCUUUACCUUCUCAAGGCAUUUAUCAAACAUCAGGAGAUCUCUACAGUUUGCUGCAACGACAAAAUGAAAUCACAACACUCCUUGUUCAAAUGAAUACUUCUCAGUUUCUACCUCACAGGGAAAUUCCGUUUUUUGAUGGAGAUCCUCUGCAGUUCAAACUAUUCAUAAGGGCGUUU